GGACAGCACUUAGCGGAUGGCUCAAGCGAAUUAUCUGGGUUUCGUUACCACUUCAAUAAACUGGUCAGAGCAGGAUUACUAGUAGGAUGUAAUGAAAGCGAGCUUGCAGUAGCUGAAGGACGCUUGUAUCGAGUGUGACAAUGUCGGGCGAGCUGGAGCACAUGGCGGCGGGGACGGGCAAGGGCGAGGAGCGCAAGGAGGUGCAGCGGAAGAAGCAGGCCCGGUUCUCGGGGAACGACGACGCCGACGACGACGACGAUGAUACCAAGCCUCGGCGCGCAGUGCUGCCGGAGAAGAAGCCCAAGAAGGUCAAGGGUGCGCCGCCCUCCGCUGACGUCAGCGCCAUGGAUCUCGACGACUUGGGCGCGGAGCCCGGCGCGGCGGGCGGAGGCUCCGCGGGCGCGGCGGCGCUGAUGGACUCCGCGGACCCGCGCGUGGCGGCGCAGGCGCGCGCGCAGCAGCGGAAGCGGGGGAAGAACAAGUGGGGGGACACGGCGUUUGGGGGCGUGGAGGACGUGGUGGGCGCGGAGGAAGACUUCCAGGGCGAGGAGGAGGAGAAGGAGGCGAUAGAGCCGUUCAACCUGCAGCAGGAGCGCGAGGAGGGGUACUUCGACGCCGAGGGCAACUACGUGGAGUACAGAGAGGACACGGAGGCCACUGACGCAUGGCUGGCAACAGCAGAGGUGGACCCCACCCUGGCCGCCAAGGCGGCAGCGCGCGCAGAGGCAGCGGCUGCAGCGGAGCAGGCGGGGGAGGGCGGCAUGGGGCACGCGGAGAUGGCGGCGAUCAGGCGGCGCAUUGCUGAUGCGCUGAACCCCGGGGAGACGGUCAUUCAAGAGGUGUACUCGGACAAGAUGGAGACGUUUCAGCGGGAGGCGGAGGGGUACGAGGCGAUCCUGAGGGCACGACAGGGGCUGCUGGGGGAGGGGCUGGCGAGGAGA